AUGGAUACCAACGGUGAUAGCCGCUCCAAAAGAAAGCAGCCACCAACUCCGGUUACCGAGCGACCUAUGAAGCAGUUCAAACAAGGACUAGAAGGGACAUAUAUGGAUUCCGAAGGAGAGAAUGGCCAUGCCGCAAAUGGAUACCAUGGCGAGCUGGUCAACCACCAGAUGGAGGUGGAUGAGCACAGUACCGGUGCAAAAGUCCCGGUCACGGCGGACACUGCGGAAUGGCAGGCGACCAUCGAGCAGGUCGUUAAAAGUGUAGUGUCAAUACACUUUUGCCAAACACGAUCAUUCGACACCGAUCCUGCAAUUGCGAGCGAGGCUACCGGCUUCGUCGUGGAUGCGGAGAGGGGAUUGAUCCUUACCAAUAGACAUGUUGUUGGUGCUGGGCCAUUCUGGGGAUAUUGUAUUUUCGACAACCAUGAGGAUUGCGAUGUCUACCCUGUAUAUCGUGACCCUGUUCAUGACUUCGGUUUCCUUCGCUUCAAUCCCAAAGCGCUGAAAUACAUGCAAUUGUCGUCGCUCACCUUGCGACCUGACCAUGCUCGAGUUGGAGCUGAGAUCCGAGUGGUGGGCAACGAUGCUGGCGAAAAGCUGAGUAUUUUAUCAGGGGUAAUCAGUCGAUUAGACCGAAAUGCUCCCGAAUACGGGGAAGGCUACAGCGACUUUAACACGAAUUACAUCCAAGCUGCAGCGGCUGCCAGCGGCGGUAGUUCCGGAAGUCCUGUCGUCAACAUCGACGGGCAUGCCAUUGCCCUCCAAGCUGGCGGCCGUUCUGACGGUGCCGCAACCGACUAUUUCCUGCCUCUCGACCGACCACUACGAGCUCUACAGUGCAUACAGAGGGGCGAACAUAUUGAGCGAGGCACGAUACAAACACAAUGGAUGCUAAGGCCGUUCGACGAAUGCCGCCGAUUAGGGCUAUCACUCGAACGGGAAGCCGAGAUUCGCCUCAAAUUCCCCAAGGAAACCGGGAUGCUUGCUGCGGAGAUCGUCCUUCCAGAGGGCCCGGCACAUGACAAAAUCCGAGAAGGUGAUUUGCUCAUCAAAGUGAAUAACGAAUUGAUAACGCAGUUCAUCCCGCUGGAUGCCAUUUUGGACUCGCACGUUGGAGGGCAGGUCAAGAUCUUGAUCGAACGAGGCGGAAAGCCGAUUGAGGUGGAAAUUCCGGUCGAGGACCUGCACAGCAUCACACCAGAUCGUUAUGUCACGGUUGCUGGCGCCUCCUUCCAUGACAUAUCCUAUCAGCAAGCCCGAUUGUACGCGAUCGCGACCAAGGAUGUUGGUGUAUACGUUUGCGAAGCCUCCGGUACUUUCAAGUUUGAGGGCUGCGAGUCGGGUUGGUUAAUCCAGGACAUUGACAAUAAGGAGACCCCGAACCUGGACACUUUCAUUGAGGUGAUGAAGCAGAUACCGGACCGAGCACGGGUGACGGUCCACUACAAGCAUGUCCGGGACCUACACUCAUUACAUGCCGGCAUCCUUCUAAUCGAUCGACAUUGGUCGUCGAAGAUGACAUUGGCCACACGAAAUGACAAGUCCGGACUAUGGGAUUUCACCGACAUCGCAGACCCCCUGCCGGCAAUGCCGCUCGUCCCCAAAGAAGGCAGUUUCGCUACCAUGCCCAACUCCAUGUUCGGGCAUCUAUCUGACAUCGUCAAGAGCUUCGUCAAGGUAUCUGUAACCAUGCCGAUGAAGAUUGAUGGGUACCCCCGCAGCCGUAAAUCCGGCCAUGGCCUCGUCAUCGACGCUGAACAAGGCCUGGUGGUCGUGUCUCGGGCCAUCUUGCCAUUCGAUCUCUGCGACAUCACGAUCAACAUUGCCGAGUCGAUUGUGGUCUCCGGCAAGGUCGUAUUCAUGCAUCCGCUGCAGAACUUUGCCGUCAUCAAGUACGAUGCGUCCUUGGUGAAGGCUCCGGUUCGGUCUGCGAAGCUCUCAACUACCCGUGUCAACCAAGGCGAGAAGACCAUCUUCUUCGGAUAUAACCAAAAUUUCCGGCCCGUGUUUGCGAAGACCACCAUCACCGAUAUCACGACCGUUGCGAUUCCCGCCAGUCCCGCAUGCCCACGCUACCGUGCGAUUCACUUGGACGCCAUCACCGUCGAUACCAAUCUCGCGACGCAGUGCGGAAGCGGUGUGCUUCUAUCGCAAGACGGCACCGUUCAGGCUCUAUGGCUCAACUUCUUGGGAGAACGAUCGCACAGUGGAAAAGACGUUGAGUAUCACUUGGGCAUGGCGACGCCAACGAUCCUGCCGGUUAUCAACCAGAUCAUCCAAGGCACCAUGCCGAAGUUACGGAUCCUCAAUGUGGAGAUGCAGACGAUUCAGAUGGAUCAGGCGGAUGUCAUGGGAGUGCCAACGGAAUGGCGUAACGCUGUUCGAGAUGCCAACCCCGAACGUCAUCAGCUCUUCAUGAUCCGGAAAGUGGACAGCGGCGAAAGCAUGGGGCUGAUCGAAGGGGACAUCAUCCUGACGCUCAACGAGAAGCUCAUCACGCGAGUGUCCGAUCUGGAUGUCCAGUACGACUGCGACACGCUCGACGCUGUCAUCGUCCGGCGCGGAAAGAUCGUGAACUGCAAAGUUGGCACCGUGCCCACCGAAGACGUCGAGACCGAUCGGGUGGUCGUUUUCUGCGGUGCCAUUUUGCAACGGCCGCACCACGCAGUCCGGCAGCAGAUCAGCUCUCUGCAUUCACAGGUGUAUAUAUCCAGUCGACUACGCGGUUCUCCCGCCUACGCCUUCUGCCUCGCCGCCACCAACUUCAUCAUCGAAGUGAACGACGUCCCCACCCCCGAUCUCGACUCCUUCCUCCACGAAGCGCUGAAGAUCCCGGACAACGAAUACUUCCGGCUGCGCGUGAAAACAUUCGACAACAUCACGUGGACGGCGACGAUGAAGAAGAACGAGCACUAUUUCCCUACCAUCGAGCUGCGGAAGGAUCCCAGCAACCCGCUGGGUUGGGCGAAGACGGUACAUGAGAGCGAGAGGGGCGGGGAUAAACAGUUGCUCUCGACCGCAAUGGAUACGGAGAAUGGGGCGGUCGAGGUGGAUGAGUUGACGGGUCAGGCGGGCGAGGCAGCGCCCGCGGAUGGCUCAGCCUCGUAA